UUUUACUAUUUUUAUUCUUCUUCUCCUUCCAUUUCGAUGCUUCUCUUUAUAAGGCCAGUGAAGCAGAUAUGGAGGAGGGCAAGAUUUCUUCAUUCUUUGGCAAAUAUGGCUAAAUUUUUCCUUGCUUUAUUCUGUGUUGUUGCUUUAGCUGUUUUUGGGUUUGCUAAUGGGUAUGAGAAGAAGGGGGAGAUUGGGAUUUUUGAGCUUAAGAGAGGUGACUUUUCGGUGAAAUUUACCAACUGGGGUGCCACUAUUGUGUCUCUUCUUGUCCCAGACAAGCAUGGGAAGUUGGAUGAUGUUGUUCUUGGGUAUGAUUCCAUUCAGGAAUAUCAGAAUGAUACAGCGUACUUUGGUUCGAUUGUUGGAAGAGUUGCUAACCGAAUAGGCGGUGCGAAAUUCACUCUUGAUGGAGUUCUAUACAAGCUGAUUGCUAAUGAAGGCAACAACACACUUCACGGUGGCACUAGAGGCUUUAGUGAUGUUGUCUGGAAAGUGACCAAGUAUCAGAAAGAUGGUAGCUCUCCUCAAAUCGUCUUUUCCUACCGCAGUUUCGAUGGCGAAGAAGGUUUUCCUGGUGAUCUCUUGGUGACUGCCACCUACACACUCAUUGCAAACAACCAAUUGAAGUUGACAAUGCAUGCCAAAGCUCUAAACAAGCCUACUCCUGUUAAUCUAGCUCAACACACCUAUUGGAAUCUUGGUGGACAUAACAGUGGCGAUAUUCUGUCGAAUCAUCUUCAGAUCUUCGGAUCCCGCAUCACUGUCGUUGAUCAUAAUCUCAUUCCUACUGGAAAGUUAGAACCUGUCAAAGGAACUCCAUUUGAUUUCCUCAAGCCACGUAUGGUUGGAAGCAGAAUAAACAAGCUACCAAAAGGCUAUGACAUAAACUAUGCUCUGGACGAUGGCACCAGGGAACAUAAACUGAAGAAAGCAGCAGUUGUGCACGACAAGAAGUCGGGACGAAUGUUGGAGCUAUCAACAAACGUUCCCGGUGUGCAGUUGUAUACCGGAAACUAUAUAAAGGAUGUAAAGGGGAAGGGUGGAUUCGUGUACCAGGCUCAUGCUGCGCUUUGUUUGGAGACUCAAGGAUUUCCUGAUGCAGUGAAUCACCACAAUUUUCCUUCAACCAUUGUAACUCCUAAGAAGCCUUACAAACACAUUAUGCUAUUCAAGUUCUCAACUAAGUGAACUGUUCAUCCUAUUUUACCCGACAAAUAAGUCCUUUUUUAACUUCUUCUGUAAUGAUGUAGCUUUGAAAAUAAGAUUUCUCUUCUAGCUUUUGAGAGCUCUGUAUUAUGUAUCAUUUCAAUGGAAUGAAUGGUUGGAGGUUGGAAAUAA